AUAUUGACGAAUGUGAGGACCCGUUGCUGAACACUUGCCAACAGACUUGCCACAACUUCCAAGGCGGCUACAACUGUUCCUGUCUGGCUGGCUUUGAUCGCAACCCAACCUCUGGUACCUGCUCGGGUGAGUCAGGGGGGGGGGUGGUCGCUGGAGCUGUGAAGUUUGUACUGUAUGGAAUUUUAUUAAAAGCCAAAAGUAUGUGCACUAUACAAUGGGGAACACACUAUAUGAUAGAUGUGUACACUAUGUUAUAUGGACUCUAG